ACACAGCUCGAGCCGCUCGGCCGCAAGCUGGCCGCCGCGCGCCUGCACCUCACGCUGCACUGCGUGCUGCUGCGCGAGGGGAGCGCCACGUGAGUGCGGGGGGUACAGACAGACAUACAGACACACAGCUCGAGCCGCUCGGCCGCAAGCUGGCCGCCGCGCGCCUGCACCUCACGCUGCACUGCGUGCUGCUGCGCGAGGGGAGCGCCACGUGAGUGCGGGGGGUACAGACAGACAUACAGACACACAGCUCGAGCCGCUCGGCCGCAAGCUGGCCGCCGCGCGCCUGCACCUCACGCUGCACUGCGUGCUGCUGCGCGAGGGGAGCGCCACGUGAGUGCGGGGGGUACAGACAGACAUACAGACACACAGCUCGAGCCGCUCGGCCGCAAGCUGGCCGCCGCGCGCCUGCACCUCACGCUGCACUGCGUGCUGCUGCGCGAGGGGAGCGCCACGUGAGUGCGGGGGGUACAGACAGACAUACAGACACACAGCUCGAGCCGCUCGGCCGCAAGCUGGCCGCCGCGCGCCUGCACCUCACGCUGCACUGCGUGCUGCUGCGCGAGGGGAGCGCCACGUGAGUGCGGGGGGUACAGACAGACAUACAGACACACAGCUCGAGCCGCUCGGCCGCAAGCUGGCCGCCGCGCGCCUGCACCUCACGCUGCACUGCGUGCUGCUGCGCGAGGGGAGCGCCACGUGAGUGCGGGGGGUACAGACAGACAUACAGACACACAGCUCGAGCCGCUCGGCCGCAAGCUGGCCGCCGCGCGCCUGCACCUCACGCUGCACUGCGUGCUGCUGCGCGAGGGGAGCGCCACGUGAGUGCGGGGGGUACAGACAGACAUACAGACACACAGCUCGAGCCGCUCGGCCGCAAGCUGGCCGCCGCGCGCCUGCACCUCACGCUGCACUGCGUGCUGCUGCGCGAGGGGAGCGCCACGUGAGUGCGGGGGGUACAGACAGACAUACAGACACACAGCUCGAGCCGCUCGGCCGCAAGCUGGCCGCCGCGCGCCUGCACCUCACGCUGCACUGCGUGCUGCUGCGCGAGGGGAGCGCCACGUGAGUGCGGGGGGUACAGACAGACAUACAGACACACAGCUCGAGCCGCUCGGCCGCAAGCUGGCCGCCGCGCGCCUGCACCUCACGCUGCACUGCGUGCUGCUGCGCGAGGGGAGCGCCACGUGAGUGCGGGGGGUACAGACAGACAUACAGACACACAGCUCGAGCCGCUCGGCCGCAAGCUGGCCGCCGCGCGCCUGCACCUCACGCUGCACUGCGUGCUGCUGCGCGAGGGGAGCGCCACUGACGAAGACAUGCAAUCGCUAGCAUCGUUACUGUCUGUUAACAAUAAUUCGGAUAUAGCUGUGCUAGAAGAUCUGGAUGAAGACGACUACACAUUAUCUGAUAAUUCUACUAGACAGAUGCUAGACCUCCGUCAACAAAUGGAGGAAAUGACGCAAAGUCUUACGAACUCAGACAUAGCAGCAACCCCCAACAGUGUUCAAAGUCUGAACUUCGACAGAACCCCCACAGCCCCGCAGACCCCCUCCCCCACGACCCCCACGAACCCCUAUAGUCCUAUUAACCCCUAUAGCCCCAAUAAUUCCGUGCCGGAAGAAGUGGCAACCCCUAAAAAUAGGCCGGAGUACUUGAGCAGUUUGACAAAAGCUAUGAGGGCUGAACCUAAAUUCAGUUCAACGCCGAAAGUUGUCAAUAGUCAAGAGGAAAAAGUGGAUAAUUUGAAAGGUAUGGUUUUCAAACCGAAAACGGUAGCGAAACGGAACCUAAAACCUCUAGAACUAAAAACAAAUCUCAACAACAUUAGUUUGGACACGAAUGAUAAUGAAAAAGAUGACGAAAAAACCCCUGUACCGCAAGAUAGGUUGACUUUACCCCCCGGGGACAAGGAUAAGACACCGAUGGUAGACCUAGUAGAGUGGUGUAGGUCAGUGACCCGCGACUACCCGUCGUGUCAGGUCAACGACCUUUCCAACAGUUUCCGGUCCGGGCUCGCGUUUUGCGCAAUCAUACAUCACUUCCGGCCUGAUCUUAUCGAUUUCUCCGGGCUCCAACCGGACCAAUCCGCAGAAAAUGUUCGCCGUGCGCUCGACGCAAGCGCACGUCUGGGGAUACCGCAAGUGUUGUCCGCUAACGAUGUGUGCGCUAACAACGCGCCCGAUAGACUUGCUGUAAUGACAUAUCUAUUCCAAUUGCGCGCUCACUUCACGGGCAGCGAGUUGCAAGUUGAACAACUCGGUAACGAUGAAACGGAAUCUUCCUACCUAGUGGGUAGACACGACACGGACGACAGUUUGCCUCCGGAGCUAUUUUCCCGGGAAGUCAGCACUCGGCGGUCCAGGAAUAUCAUGGAUAGACCGCCUGUGCUAAAACAAGACUCCCAAGACUCGCGCAACUCCCUAGACCUGUCCCCGGACAAAUCCCCCGGGAUAAAGGACAUGAAGGACAUGCUGCUGCAGUCCAAGAGUAUCCUGGGCAAGAUGCUGUCCCCCGCCCGGGAGAGGGACAAACCGAGCGCCAAGUGGUUCGAUGGGAACACUGAGCCCCUCCCGCGACCGGACAAGCUGAUGACUAGAAAGGAGCUCACCGAUCCAUUCGGGUCUGAUGAUGAAGAGGAUCCGCCGCAGAAUGCGACAGAUAAUAAUAGCCCGAAAACAGAACAAAAACUGAGCAUCGAACCGGCGACCACAGACCCUCUGAACGUUAUCCAACUCCAAGAGAAGGACAAACAGACACCACCGUCCCCGGAACUGCCUAAACCAACACCGCAAUUGUUGUCGCGUCACGAUGAAUUGAAAGAGAAAGCGAGACAGCUGCUAGAAGCAACGAAAAGAGAGGCGAGGGAAAAGGACAGAGCUAGGCGGAGUUCUAAGGAGAGAGAGGGACAGGUGAACGGCAAGAUUGACAGUCCUAAGAAGGGAAUGACGGAGGAAGAGAGACAGGUGAUGUUGCGUGAGCGAGCGAGGAAAUUGAUCGCAGACGCACGUGCGGGUAUCGUCAGUCCCACAUCCCCCCUCUCCCCGUCACGUGUGCGCAACUCGGGCACGGUGGAAAUAAUCAGCAAACAUUCUGUCAUGGAGGAAUUAGCUGCAGCGGGUGGUAUGGAGCACUUGGACAGCAUAGUGAACAGAGAGUCAGCGCCUUCGAGUCCCGGCUCCAGGAAGAGCAACCCUAGUCCCGAUAGAUCUGAGAGAGAAAACACAAAGAGCAGGAGUGUAUCCCCACAGGACGUGCACAGAUCUCCUCUACACUCCUUCACUGCUCUUGUGGAUCGAUUGUCACCAGAUUUGAAUGCUGAGGAGCCUCAGAACAAAGAAGGCUACAGCACGUACAUAGCAAGUGAGUUGGAAGCGUUGGAGAGAGAACAGAAGAGUGUGGACGAGAAAGCGGCCGCGCUAGAGAAGCAGCUGAGAAGAGUCAUGGAUAGAGCUGAUAAUACUGAGGAGGAGGACCGCCUUAUGUCACAAUGGUUCAAUCUCGUCAACAAGAAGAAUGCAUUAUUGCGUAGACAAAUGCAACUCAACAUACUUGAACAAGAAGAGGAUUUGAGCAGGAGAUGCGAAUUACUAGCGCGGGAAUUACGACUUUCCUUAGGGGUAGAGGAGUGGAGGAAAACUCCCGGCCAAAAGAGACGGGAGAUAUUGCUGUUGCAGGAAUUAUUAUCUGCUGUAAAUGAGAGAGAUCGACUUGUUCAAGAGAUGGACGAACAAGAGAAAGCAAUAGCGGAAGACGAUGAAAUUCAACGAAAUCUCAGCAACGUCGAGAUACAAAGGAAAAACAACUGUAUACUUCAGUAGAUAAGGACUAUAUUACUACAAAUAGAUCACGCUUUGCUUUUUUCAUCCAAAAAAUAUUAAUCUCCAAUUGUAACUUGAUAUAGCAGAAAAGAGAAACUUUAUAAGUCACAUUUUUUUAGUUAAAUUUCAUUUUUUUAUUAAAGUUCAAAAAUUUAACGGAUUUAAAACCAGUUUCUCACGUUCUGAAAUAAUUUGAAUGCUUUUUAAUAAACGACAAAACUUUUAAUUCUUACUCGUACUUCCUAUAUUUAUUACGCGAGUGUUUUAAUGUAAAUUAAUUAAAAAUGAAUUGAUUGUUUUAAAUUCACUUUAAUGGUGUGAUGAUGUGUUCAAUUGGUGUUCAAAUAUCAUACGAUGUAUUACUAUUUAAUGAAAUCUAAUGAAAUAUGUAAUUUCCCUGAAAAAAUGGCUAAAUUCGUUGAAAAAACUCACAAAUUACCAAUUGACAUAAAUACAGUUUUUAUUUUGAUUGCUAUUAGGUAUGUUAAAAAAAUAAAAUGAGUUUCACGACGAACUCGUAUGUCAUACCAAAAAAUAUUUAAUUUCUGUCAUUAAAUUUUCUGCAAGAUGACUUCUCAUUAGAGUUACUAUAUUUAUUUAAUUUUACUAUUAAAUUAUUAUGUUUUAACAUAUAAACUCGUAAUCAAUUGACGUAACUUAUGGUACGAAUGUUAACUUUAAUAUUAGUUAUUAUAUUAUUAAUAUAACUUAUUGAGUUUUUCACAAGAAAAACUGUUUAUAUAUAAAUCGGCCUUAAAAGAAAUACUCAUAGUUACUUAUAAUUAUAAUAAGUAUUCAUUAUGACUGUUUUAAUUUUUUUGCUUACGCACUUUGUAAGGCUUUUCGUAUCACUAAUUUUAGUACUAAAAUAUAUAUAUAAUAAUUAUUGGCUUUAUGAGUUAAAUUUAGUUAUUUUUGUGACUGCAAAAUUGUAACUUAUAGUUUACCAAAGAUGACAUUUAGACUAUGUAUUGCCUUUUACUAUACAUUAAAAGUUUCAAAUAAUAACAAUAAUCGUUUUUAUUUUAAUAUUAAUUAAAAAUAUUUUUACUUGAAUAGUAUGAAUAUUAUUUCUUUAGUCAUUGAAUAUUAAUUCAAUGUAAGAAAAAAAAUAGAAAAAAAUAAAAAAUACAACAAAAUGUGGUGAUAAGUACAAUAUGCCAUACUUAUGUACAAUGCUAUUAUUAUAAAAAAUAAAUAUUAAAUGCGUCAAAGUGUUUUGUCACUUGCCGCAUUUUACUUUUG